UCCUGCCUGGACACACCCACGCCACGGCUUCCUGUCGGGUUUUCACAGCUGUUGACGGUUGCUGCCCUGGCCAGCCAGCUCCCGAUGGAGGACGGAGGCUCCCCCGAGAGCCCAGCUGUGUGGACCACCUCCGAGCCCAGCGAGUCCCUGUCCUCGGCCCACAGACACCUGAGCAGAAGGAAUGGGCUUUCGAAGCUCUGCCAGAGCAGGAUGGGCCUCUCCGAAGACAGAUGGAAUUCCUACUGUUUGUCGUCACUGGCUGCCCAGAACAUCUGCACCAGCAAACUGCACUGCCUGGUGCCGCCAGAGCUGCCGGAACUGCCCCGGCCCCUGGGCAGCGUGUCCUGCUGCUCCCUGCUGCGGGGCUUGUCCUCAGGAUGGUCCACGCCCCUGCUCCCGACCCCUGUGUGCAACCCGAACAAGGCCGUGUUCACUGUGGACGCCACGACCACAGAGAUCCUGGUUGCCAACGACAAGGCUUGCCAGCUCCUGGGGCACAGCAGCCAUGACCUGAUCGGCCAGAAGCUCACGCAGUUCUUCCUGAAGCCCGAUUCCGACGUGGUGAAGGCCCUCAGCGAAGAGCACGCGGAGGCCGACGGCCAUGCCGCUGUCGUGUUCGGCACAGUGGUAGACGUGGUGAGCCGCAGCGGGGAGAAGACCCCGGUUUCCGUGUGGAUGAAGAGGGUGAGGCAGGAGCGCAGCCGCGUGGUGGUGCUGGAACCUGUGGAGCGGGUGUCCGCCUGGGUCGCUUUCCGGGGCGAUGGAACCAUAACGUCCUGUGACAGCCUGUUUGCUCUCCUGCAUGGGUACGGGUCUGGGGAGGAGGCGCUCGGGCAGCACAUCGCAGACCUGAUCCCUUCUGUGCAGCUCCCUCCCCCCGGCGAGCCUGUCCCACAGAAUCUCAAGAUUCAGAGGUCUGUUGGGAGAGCCAAGGAUGGUACCACCUUCCCCCUGAGCUUAAAACUGAAAUCUGAGUCCAGUAGCGAGGUGGUGGAAGACAGCAGUGCAGUCCCCGAGCUGGGUUACUCGGCAUCCAUCUGGGUGUUCUCCACCAUCAGCGGCCUCAUCACCCUCCUGCCCGACGGGACCAUCUACGGCAUCAACCACAGCUUUGCACUGAUGCUGUUCGGUUACGGGAAGACGGAGCUCCUGGGCAAGAAUAUCACUUUCCUGAUUCCCGGCUUCUACCACUACAUGGGCCUUGCGUGUGACACUUCUUUACCGCUGCCAGACCUGGCCGACUGCUUGGACACUGGCAACCAGAGUGAGCCUGGGGAGACAAGUGUGGGCCCCCGGCAGAGCUGGAACCCGGCCGGCUCGGCCACGGAUCCAAGGGCUAACGGCACGCUUGCUGGAGACCACGUUCUGCCACGAGGCGAGAGCCUGGAGCCAGUGGGAAGCCAAGAAGCCUUCGCUGGGACCCAGGCCCAAGCAGACCCUGGAGGUGGCCUCCCUUCCUCCCUCCCGCGUCCGCCCUCUCCCGGAGUGGACAGCAUCCCAGAAGGAAACCCGCCAGCCCAGGAAUGGCCGUCACCCGAGGACCAGGGAGACAUCCCGGAAGGAAGCCCGCCAGCCCAGGAAUGGCCGUCACCCGAGGAC